AAGCGCAAAUGCAAAUAAUCGCGUUUCGUUCAAGGAAUUCACCAGCGAUUUCAGUAACCGAUCUCUCUCAAGGCCUAAACCAGCCGGUGAAGCUAAAACCCACACAACUUGAUCCAUCGGAAAACGGAAUACACAUCCAAGAUGAUGGUGGAUCUGAGCGCCUUCUCGGAGGAGAAAUUCGACCCGAAGAAAUGGAUAAAUGGAGCAGUUCAGCAGAGGCACCCACAGGACCCGGUCGAGAAGCACCUGGUGGAUCUGGAGAUGAGGCUGCAGAUGGUGUCGGAGGAGAUCGCCGCCUCACUCGAGGAGCAGAGCUCCGCCGCACUCCUACGCGUCCCUCGCGCCUCUCGCGAUGUCCUGCGCCUCCGAGAUGAAGCACUUUCCCUCCGCUCCUCUGUCGCCAACAUCCUGCUCUUCCUCAAAAAGGCUGAGGGAUCCUCUGCAGAAUCCAUUGCAACCCUCGCCAAAGUUGAUACAGUCAAGCAGAGGAUGGAAGCUGCAUAUGAGACACUGCAGGAUGCUGCAGGUUUGACGCAGUUGAGCUCGACUGUAGAGGAUGUAUUUGCCAGUGGUGAUCUCCCACGGGCAGCAGAUACGCUUGCGAACAUGAGACAUUGUCUGACUGCAGUUGGAGAAGUUGCUGAGUUUGCUAAUAUAAGGAAGCAGCUUGAGGUUCUAGAAGAUAGACUGGAUUCAAUGGUUCAGCCCCGUCUAACAGACUCAUUGAACAAUAGAAAGGUUAAUGUCGCUCAAGAAAUGAGGGGAAUCCUCAUUCGAAUUGGGAGAUUUAAGUCUUUGGAAAGUUACUACACCAAAGUCCACCUCAAAACCAUAAAGAAGCUCUGGGAAGAAUUUGAUUUAAGGCAACAAUCUAGUAAACUUGCAAAUGAGAAGAAUGAAGUGGAAAGGGCCAGUAGCUUUAAUUCACAGUCAAAUAUGCAGACAAUGUCGUUCGCACGCUGGUUACCGAGUUUCUAUGAUGAGUUGCUGCUUUAUCUUGAACAAGAAUGGAAGUGGUGCAUGCUUGCUUUUCCUGAAGAUUACAGAACUCUUGUCCCAAAAUUGUUGAUCGAGGCAAUGUCAUCUGUUGGUUCUAGUUUUGUAUCCCGUGUUAAUCUUGCUACUGGAGAUGUUGUACCUGAGACUAAAGCAUUGGCCAAAGGUAUAUUAGACAUCUUAUCUGGGGAUUUGCCUAAAGGUGUCAAAAUUCAGACUAAGCAUCUGGAGGCUCUGAUAGAACUACACAACAUAACAGGGAGUUUUGCAAGGAAUAUUCAACAUUUGUUUUCUGAUUCAGAUCUUCAUGUGUUAUUGGAUACACUGAAGACAGUCUACCUUCCAUAUGAAACAUUUAAACAAAGAUAUGGGCAAAUGGAGCGUGGAGUGCUGUCUGCUGGAAUUUCAAGUCUUGAUCUCAGGGGAGUUAGUACUCGUAUUAUUGGUGUGCAGGGAGUAGAGCUCAGUGAAACAGUUCGAAGAAUGGAAGAAUCUAUCCCACAAGUCAUUCUUCUUCUUGAAGCUGCCACAGAGAGAUGCAUUAGCUUUACUGGUGGUUCAGAGGCAGAUGAGCUAAUCCUUGCCCUCGAUGAUGUAACUUUACAAUACAUCUCCACCCUUCAGGGAAACCUAAAAUCACUGAGAGCAGUCUGCGGAGUGGAUGUGGUGGCAGAAACUAUUGGAGGAAAGAAGGAAACAGGAGCAGACAGGAAGGACGGAGCUUCACAUGCACGAAAAGUUGAUUUCAUGUCAAAUGAGGAGGAAUGGUCUUUUGUCCAGGGUGCUUUACAGAUUCUCACUGUUGCUGAUUGCUUGACGAGCCGAACUUCAGUUUUUGAAGCUUCCUUGCGGUCUACUCUUGCUCGAUUGAGCACUAAUUUGUCAUUUUCUGUUUAUGGUUCAAGUCUUGAUCAAAACCAGUCACAUGUGGAUAAUGAUGAUGGAAGUGGGAAUUUGUCUACAGCUGGAAAAGCUUCCCUGGAUGUGGCAGCUCUUCGGCUUGUCGAUGUCCCUGAAAAGGCUCGAAAACUUUUUAACCUUUUAGAGCAGUCAAAAGAUCCCCGAUUUCAUGCCCUUCCACUUGCUUCUCAAAGAGUUGCGGCAUUUGCGGAGGCAGUCAAUGAGCUAGUUUAUGAUGUACUUAUAUUGAAAGUGAGACAACACUUUAGUGAUUUGUCUCGUCUGCCCAUAUGGUCUUCUGUUGAAGAACCUAGCGCUUUUCCUGUUCCCAGCUUUAGUGCCUACCCUCAGUCUUAUGUGACCAAUGUAGGUGAAUACCUACUUACUUUACCCCAACAACUGGAGCCCCUUGCUGAGGGUAUUUCCAACAGUGAUGCCAAUGCUGAGGAGGCACAGUUCUUUGCAACUGAAUGGAUGUUCAAGGUUGCUGAGGGAGCCACUGCUCUUUAUAUUGAGCAGUUGCGUGGGAUCCACAAGAUAACAGACCGUGGAGCUCAGCAGUUGUCUGUCGAUAUUGAAUACUUGAGCAAUGUGCUUUCAGCUCUAUCAAUGCCCAUCCCUCCGGUUCUUUCUACAUUUCAUACCUGUUUUUCAACACCAACAGAUCAGCUCAAGGAUCUUGUAAAAUCAGAUUCAGGAAAUCAGCUUGAUCUUCCAACAGCUAACCUUGUCUGUAAAAUGCGCGGUGUGAGGCUGGAUUAGGGCCCAUGCUCAAAAUUCCAAUACGACCCCUUCUUGAAAAGCUCUAUGUAAUUAACAUAAUCAAGGAUUCCAUCCAGGACUCUACUUGGGUUUACUUGUGGAGAACACAGGUAGUUCCUCUUGUUCACGUAAGUAGAGAACUCUACCCUAUACAAAGACCCAAGUUAAAGCAUUGCCUACUUUUUAUCCGAAGGGGCACGAUGCUCAUGCUCUCUGGUCGCCAUGAUAUAGAACAUGUUUCUGAAAACUGUAGAGUCAUACUUCAGGACAAAACUCCUCCUGUAUUUUCUGAAAUGGUGUUUAUGCAACAUGCGAGAGACAGUUUUGA